CAACGAUGCUCUGCCUGCCUGCUACCCACAGCUUAGCUAUUAGCUUAUCCCACCACCUCCCAUCUGAUCUCGUCUCCUAGCUCUCUUCUCUUCUCUCAAUAGCAAAUGCCUUAUCCUAUUUAGCUCUCCCUCCUCUCUUCUCCUCCCUCCUCCCUCCUUUCCUCAGCCACCCAACCAGUUUGCAAAUCUGACACACAUAGGCCUUGAAGAUUCAGAUCAAGCAGCUACCUAAUAAUUAAGCACCCUCUGAUUCUGCAUUAGUCUCGCUCGUUCCCUAAUCCACACUCCCUCACUCUCUCGAUCACUUGUCUCCAAGCAAGAACACAUACGAGCUAGAUGGUCCAUUCCUUGCAUUGCAGCAUUGUUCACACGCUCCCGCGGCCUCUCUUCUUCUCCAUCCUCCUCAUCCUCACCUCUUCCAUGGAGGUAGCACACUCAGAUGCCAGGAGCCUACUAGAGGUUGGUGUCGGCAAGGCUCAGGAUGAGGAUGCAGCAGCAAUCAGAGGCGAGAUGAGAGGAUGGAGGGCUCUGAUCGGGUCGAGGCCGCCGAGGUGCGAGAGGGUGUGCAUGUCCUACGGCCACUGCGAGGCGGUGCAGGUGCCCAUCGUGCCGCAGGAUCGCCGUCAGAAGAGAGCCGCCGCCGCAUCCACCGGCGCUGCAGAUGAGGAGGAGCGCGUGGUGGCCGCCGCCGCCGCCGCCAUGCGCGCCGCCAUGUUCACCUACAGGGUGGACGACAUCACCAACUACAAGCCGCUCAGCUGGAAAUGCAGGUGUGGAGGCACCAUCCUGGAUCCAUGAGCAAGAACACAUUACACAUGCACUCGCCAUUGCUGUGCAGAAAAUUUUGGCAUUGAAUGCGGCCGAUUUGGUGCUGACUCGGAGGUGGAGGCGAUUAAUCAGUGCAUUCAAGUCACUGGUGUGCAGUGCGUGGGGACAAUGGCAAACAAACACCUGCUCUCUGCUCUUUGUAUGUGCGAGGUACUCCUAGCUCGGAGAAAUGAUGCACUCCAUGGUGGCCGGCGUACUGCGCCAGAUUGUUAGGUGGCUGCCAUUGCUACAGACUACUACUGAGCAACUGCGUACGAUUUUCUGUCUAGUAUUUGCCUUCAAGUAGUAAAAACCCAAAUCCCUCUCCACUGUUCCGUUCACAAUGUUGCUUGGAGUUUCAAGAUAAUGGGUAUGGUCUUAGGCAUCUGUUUGAAGACGCACAAGCCAAUUUCUUCAAAAAAAAAAA